CUUUUUUUGUAACUCGCUCUCCCCCUUUUGGGAGUUAGCCUCAAGAAAACCAACAAACAGCAAACAACAAUUGUAUAUAUAGAAUAUACUCAAUAUGACUUGGUCCGACAAAGUUAACGAUGCCGUUGCGCACUCCUUCUUUGGUCGGUAUUUCCAGCUCGAAGGCUCUGGUGCUAGACGUGAACGCAAAGGAACCAGAUUUCUCACUGAAAUCCGUGCUGGAUUUACUGUAUUCUUUGCAAUGGCAUACAUCAUCUCGGUAAACUCUUCAAUUAUCAGUGAGAGUGGUGGACCUUGUGUCUGUAACGGCACCCCAACAGACCCUACCUGUGACAACGACGACGCUUACAUGAGCUGCGUCUACGAAGUCAAAUUGGAUAUGAUUAUGGGCACAACCAUAGCUGCUAUGAUCGCUAGUACUUUAAUCGGUGUUUUUGCCAACCUGCCCCUUGGAAUGGCUCCAGGUAUGGGCUUGAACGCUUAUUUUACCUACACUGUCGUCGGAUACCAUGGCUCUGGAAAGGUCCCUUACGAGACUGCAUUGGCUGCUGUCUUUAUUGAAGGCUUCAUCUUCUUAUUCUUGUCCAUCUUUGGUGUCCGUCAAUGGCUUGCUCGUGUGAUUCCUAUGAGUAUCAAGGUAGCCAUGGGCUGUGGUAUCGGUCUAUAUCUUUGUUUCAUCGGACUUCAAUCCUCGGCUGGUAUCGGCCUCGUUGGUCUCGAUUACUCCACUCUUGUUACUUUGGGCGCUUGCCCCAAAGAAGCGUUGGACGAACACGGUGUCUGUCUCUGGGGACGCAUGACAAACCCAACAACAUAUAUGGGUAUCAUUGGAUUGGUAAUCAUGUCUGUCCUUUUACUUUACCGUGUCCGUGGUGCAAUCUUGAUUGCUAUCGCAUUUAUCGCAAUUACAUCAUGGCCUCGCGUUAGUCAAGUCACCUAUUUCCCUUACACUGUCCAAGGCAACAACCAAUUCGACUUCUUCAAAAAGGUUGUUACUGUUCACCCAAUGAAACACAUCCUUGGAAAAUUCGACUUUAGCUUUGACAAUAAGGAUAUCUGGAUUGCCUUGAUUACUUUCUUGUAUGUCGAUAUCCUUGACACUACAGGUACAAUGUACUCAAUGGCUCGCUAUGGUGGCUUCACUGACAAGGCCGGUGAUUUUGAGCACUCAACCUGGGCAUUCAUCUGUGAUGCUUGCUGCGUAACUAUUGGAUCCUGCUUUGGUUCUUCACCCUGUACUGCCUUUGUCGAGUCUGGCGCUGGUAUUGCCGAGGGUGGACGCACAGGUAUCACUGCCAUCACAGUCGCGUUUGGCUUCUUUGUCUCCAUCUUCUUUGCUCCGAUCUUUGCCAGUUUCCCUCCCUGGGCCACCGGUCCUGCUCUUAUCGUGGUCGGUUCAAUGAUGACCUCGAGUAUCCGCAACAUCAACUGGGACUACCCCGGAGAUGCCAUCCCUGCAUUCAUCACACUCGCCGUCAUGCCCCUGACCUACUCUGUUGCCUACGGAAUUAUCGGUGGUAUCCUCAGUUAUAUCGUCAUCAAUGGCUUCGUCUACAUCGUCGACCGUGCCUCGGGAGGUCGCAUCAAGCCAGACUACUCUGCUCGUGAGGACUGGUGGACUGCUGCAUUCAGUCGUUCGUUUGUCCCUCUCUGGAUCCGAUUCUUGAUAGCAAAGGUCAGAGGAAGAGAAUUCGACUGGCAUCAGGACGAGUUCUCCGAAGACGAGGAUCUGGGUCAUCAUUCCAAGAACGAACACAACAACACCACCACAACUAGUGUAGAGAUUGUCACAGAUGCCGACACCUUGGGAUCAACCAACGAAUUGGCUAGUAUCCGCCACCACAGACGCCAUUCUACUGAAAAGGGUGUAUAUAUGGACUCAUAGACAAGAUAGAAGAGAUGUACAUACAUAUAUAAAACAGAUUUUAUAUUUACAAAAUAAUAUCAUAUAUAUAAAAAGGAACAAGCUACUUUUUCUCUCUACUUUCAAUUCAUAUAUUUCAUUUUUAUUACCAUUAUUCCUUAUAUAUAUAUAUAUGCUUGUAUAGACAUAAACACUUCAACAUCUAGAUAUAUAGAUCUUUCACUUCUUUAUUUCCCUCUUUCCUUCUCUCCAUAGCUAUAUAUAAUAGCUCUCUUUGUAUUCUUGUCUUAACCACUACACUUCUUUUCUUUUGCUUUCUGCCUUUUGUAAUAAAUAAUGCCUUUUUAACUCU